AAUAAUAAUAAUAAUAAUAAUAAUAAUAAUAAUAAUAAUAAUAAUAAUAAUAAUAAUAAUAAUAAUAAUAAUAAUAAUAAUAAUAAUAAUAAUAAUAAUAAUAAUAAUAAUAAUAAUAAUAAUAAUAAUAAUAAUAAUAAUAAUAAUAAUAAUAAUAAUAAUAAUAAUAAUAAUAAUAAUAAUAAUAAUAAUAAUAAUAAUAAUAAUAAUAAUAAUAAUAAUAAUAAUAAUAAUAAUAAUAAUAAUAAUAAUAAUAAUAAUAAUAAUAAUAAUAAUAAUAAUAAUAAUAAUAAUAAUAAUAAUAAUAAUAAUAAUAAUAAUAAUAAUAAUAAUAAUAAUAAUAAUAAUAAUAAUAAUAAUAAUAAUAAUAAUAAUAAUAAUAAUAAUAAUAAUAAUAAUAAUAAUAAUAAUAAUAAUAAUAAUAAUAAUAAUAAUAAUAAUAAUAAUAAUAAUAAUAAUAAUAAUAAUAAUAAUAAUAAUAAUAAUAAUAAUAAUAAUAAUAAUAAUAAUAAUAAUAAUAAUAAUAAUAAUAAUAAUAAUAAUAAUAAUAAUAAUAAUAAUAAUAAUAAUAAUAAUAAUAAUAAUAAUAAUAAUAAUAAUAAUAAUAAUAAUAAUAAUAAUAAUAAUAAUAAUAAUAAUAAUAAUAAUAAUAAUAAUAAUAAUAAUAAUAAUAAUAAUAAUAAUAAUAAUAAUAAUAAUAAUAAUAAUAAUAAUAAUAAUAAUAAUAAUAAUAAUAAUAAUAAUAAUAAUAAUAAUAAUAAUAAUAAUAAUAAUAAUAAUAAUAAUAAUAAUAAUAAUAAUAAUAAUAAUAAUAAUAAUAAUAAUAAUAAUAAUAAUAAUAAUAAUAAUAAUAAUAAUAAUAAUAAUAAUAAUAAUAAUAAUAAUAAUAAUAAUAAUAAUAAUAAUAAUAAUAAUAAUAAUAAUCACCAUAUAUGUCUUAACAAUACCAGUAAAGUAUAA